AUGCUGCGCCUCGCGGCCAAGGUGGUGGCCUUCUUCUGGAGGAGGGCGGACAGCCCCGACGAGGAGGCCGGGCCGCGGGGGCUCGAGCUCCCCGAAGGUGACACCAAGUUGAAAACGGUCCAGGGUGUGGUGACGAGGUACUGCAGUGAUUAUGGCAUGAUUGACGACCUGAUCUACUUCUCCAGUGAGGUUGUGACUGGCAAAGUGCUUCUGAAUGUUGGGCAGGAAGUUGUUGCAGUUGUGGAAGAAAAUAAAGUGUCCAACGGACUGAAAGCAAUCAGAGUGGAAGCUGUCUCUGAUAAAUGGGAAGAGGACAGCAGAAACCAGGGCGGAGGGCUGUCCGACUCUGGCCCCCGAGUGCUGAUUGGCUGUGUGACAUCGCUGAUGAAGGGUGCUGGCUACAUCAAUCAGACCACGUACUUCUCUCUGAAGAGUGUUUGUGAAGGCUUCGAGCCGUGCAAGGGAGACUGGGUGGAGGCCACGUACUGGAUCCGGCCAGGCACCUGGAGCAGUGAGGCCGUGUCGGUGAAACCGCUGCGGUACAGGCGUGUGGACGGGGUCUGCAUCUCCAGCCUCUGUGGAAGAAACGGGGUGAUCGACGACAGUGUCUUUUUCACCUUGGACUCUCUGAAGCUCCCCAAGGGGUACGUGCCUCGACGGCACGACGUGGUCAGCGCCGUGGUGGUGGAGAGCAGCCAGUCCUGCUACACGUGGAGGGCGCUGUGCGUGACCCUGGUGAAGAGACGAGACGACUCCACCUCCGUGGCCGCUGAAGAGGCCUGCGAAGCCCUUUUACUGAAAAACAAAGGUGACAUCGAAGUCACGAGAAUGACGAGCUUCGGCACGCUGAAGGAGGGGGCCAGCAGCAGCAUGGUGGUCUGCAUAGAGAAUAAAGGGCAGGUCCCUCAGAACCUGGUCAGCUGCAAGCUGGCCGGCUGGGACAAGGGCAGGCAGUUCCGGUUCCACCUGCUGCAGGGCGCCCAGCACCGGCCGCUGGCACCGUCUGCUCCCGACCCUGAGAAGGAGGGGACCUUCUCAGCAGACAGCUGCCCGGCCAGCAGAAGCUACCGGACGUCGGAGAGCAGCUUGGCCCUCGGCAGAGGAGUCUCUCCAGAUGACUGUACCUGCAGAAGAGAAAGUGAGGGGCGAGAACAGGACGUCUCGAGGAGGCAGGCCGCAGAGCCCGAACCCAGUGGGCUCAUCCCUCCCGGUGGACAAACCCUGAUUGUGGUCGUUUGUGAGGCAAAGACCGUCGGCCGCUGCAGGGAGCUGCUCCUGCUCUGCUUCUCCAGCUUCCUCAUCGGGCGCUUCCUGGACGUGAGCGUGGUGAGUGCGGAGGAGUCACUGAUAGCCGUGCGCGAGCCCUUCCUGUGGAAGAAGUCUAAGAGUCCCCAGGCGCCAGCGCCCGUGAAGACCACGGUUGUGGUGACCACGCAGAAAAGGAACUCAAGACGUCAGCUUCCAAGUUUCCUUCCCCAGUACCCAAUACCCGAUCGACUGAAGAAAUGUGUGGAGCAAAAAAUUGACAUCCUGACUUUUCAGCCGUUACUUGCAGAGCUUCUGAACAUGUCAAACUACAAGGAGAAGUUCUCGACGCUGCUCUGGCUGGAGGAAAUCCACGCAGAAAUGGAGCUGAGAGAGUAUAACAUGAGCGGGGUCAUCUUGAGGAGAAGCGGGGAUUCGCUGGUGCUGGAGGUCCCUGGGCUGGCCGAGAGCCGGCCGUCUCUGUAUGCAGGCGACAAACUGGUUUUGAAAACACAGGAGUACGAGGGACACGCUGUCGAGUACAUUGGCUACGUGGCAAAGAUUCACGAAGAAGACGUAACUCUUAAACUGAAUCCUGAAUUUGAACAAGCAUAUAACUUUGAGCCUAUGGACGUGGAAUUCACGUAUAACAGGACCACAAGCCGGCGGUGUCACUUCGCACUUGAGCAAGUCAGCCACUUGGGAGUGAAAGUGUUGUUUCCAGAAGAAGUCAUCUUACAGUCUCCCCAAGUGACAAGCAGUUGGAACCACAUGCAAGAUGCCAAAAACCAUGGACAGCCCACCACCGAGAACAGGAAAACUGUGAAGGACCAACCUAAGCCUGCCACCAAGACAAAGCAGGCGGGGGCGCAGGAUGCACAGGGGCCCGCAGGCUCUGCUGCAGGGACAAGUCACCUGGGAGACCAGCUGCCGCCCCCGGCCGGAGAGGAGUUUUUCAGCCCACUGCUCAACGAGAACCAGAAGCUGGCCGUGAGGAGGAUUCUGAGUGGCGACUGCCGCCCCCUCCCGUACGUCCUCUUCGGGCCCCCUGGAACCGGGAAGACGGUGACGAUCAUAGAGGCUGUGUUACAGGUGUACCACGCCUUGCCUGACAGUCGGAUCCUGGUGUGCGCGCCCUCCAACAGUGCGGCUGACCUCGUGUGCUUGCGGCUGCAUGAGAGCCGCCUGCUGCGGCCGGGCACCAUGGUCCGCGUGAACGCCACCUGCAGGUUUGAGGAGACGAUCAUCGAGGCCAUCAAGACCUACUGCAGAGACGGGGAGGACAUCUGGAGGGCCUCCCGCUUCCGGGUCAUCAUCUCCACGUGCAGCAGUGCGGGGCUCUUCUACCAGAUCGGCGUGCGAGUCGGGCACUUUACACACGUGUUUGUGGACGAAGCCGGACAGGCCAGUGAGCCGGAAUGCCUCAUCCCUCUGGGGCUGGUUUCCGACGUCAGUGGCCAGAUCGUCCUUGCUGGAGACCCCAUGCAGCUCGGGCCCGUCAUCAAGUCCAGACUCGCCAUGGCCUACGGGCUGAAUGUGUCCAUGCUGGAGAGGCUGAUGUCCCGCCCCGUGUACCUGAGAGACGAAAACGCGUUUGGCGCCUGUGGUGCCUACAACCCCUUGCUGGUGACGAAGCUGGUGAAGAACUACAGGUCCCACGCGGCCCUGCUGGCCCUGCCCUCCCGGCUGUUCUACCACAAGGAGCUCGAGGUCUGCGCGGACCCCGCGGUGGUGACCUCCUUGCUGGGCUGGGAGAAGCUGCCGAGGAAAGGCUUCCCCCUCGUCUUCCACGGCGUGAGGGGUAGCGAAGCUCGCGAAGGGAGGAGCCCAUCGUGGUUCAACCCGGCCGAAGCUGUCCAGGUCAUGCGCUACUGCUGCCUCCUGGCCAGGAGCCUCUCCAGCCAGGUGUCCGGGCGAGACAUCGGGGUGAUCACACCCUACCGAAAGCAGGUGGAGAAAAUCAAAAUUCUUUUGAGAAACGUGGAUCUGUUGGACAUAAAGGUCGGCUCAGUAGAGGAGUUCCAAGGACAGGAGCACUUGGUUAUCAUCAUCUCAACCGUCCGGUCAAAUGAAGAUCGAUUUGAAGAUGACAGAUAUUUUUUGGGUUUCUUGUCCAACUCAAAAAGAUUUAACGUUGCCAUCACCAGGCCCAAAGCCUUGCUGAUUGUGCUGGGAAACCCUUACGUCCUCGUCAGAGACCCCUGCUUCGGAGCUUUGCUGGAGUACAGCAUCACCAACGGCGUGUACACAGGCUGCGACCUGCCGCCCGAGCUGCGGCACCUGCAGAAGUGA